AGUACUUCAAUUUCCUUUCACUCCUCUUCCUGUGAUUCUGUGAAUUCAAUUUACAUGCGAAGAUUUUGUUACAGAGAUCAUGCCAAAAUGGCAUAGGGAGUUGGGAGAUUAGAAAAUGAGAUUGGUAUAUUUUGACUGAUGUAUUUGCUGGCUUUUUUCUUGCAUGAAAGAACGGCACUAGAGAAGGAGAGUUAGCCUUGGCCUCUUGCUAAUGCUGGCUUUUUGCAUGCCUCCAUGUGUAUGCGCUGCAACUGCAAGCUGCACUGGUGUUGCUGGCUGGAAUUGCAUGUUGCUUGUGCAUUGCUGUUGGUCUUGGCUUUUGGCUGUUGCUGGCUUGCUACAGGCCUACAUGUGCAUGUGCUGCUAUGCCAAAUAUCUAAGCCUGAUUUUUUCUGCAUACUAAAUUAUUUGUUUAUUGCUGCACUUCUAAGAAAACAUUUAUCACUAUGUAUCUUCAGAUACCAGACAUUGAGCCAACCAGCGGUUCUCGACCGGUGAAAACUGAGUUGACAGCCUCACCGGUUCAAUCACCCGGUCUGUUUUCUUCAAAGUAUGGUUUCCUGCUGUUGUGUACACUUGUUGGCAAUCACGAUGACACCAGUGUGCUGUGAGAUGCUAACGACUCUAGAUAAAUAGCAUAGUCGCACGGUCAUCGUCGUCGUCGUUGGAGCAAGUGGGCCUGGGGCCACCAUGUUACUGGCGGUUCCCGUCGGCAAGACGCGGAGGGUUAAAACCCAUCAUCCUUAGUGUAAAGUAAGAAAUUGAAAAACAUACCAUCCUGCAUUUAUUCGGGAAGCUUCGGUUGUGUAUAGGCUGAAAAUGACCAGUUUCACAAGGAAGCUAAUCUCAACGUACUACGAACUUCUGUUUUCAUUUCUCAAAAUUCUAUAUAUGUGGCCUACAAAGCUUGAGCGCUUUGAACUUGGGAUGAGCAGGUUGCUACAAAGUGAACCGGUGAACAAAAGAUAAUUAUGAACUUGCUAGAAGCUGACCUAUUCUUCAUAACAACAAAGAUUAUCAUAUUAAAAUUAUAGCGACUUUAUGUUUCAAAAGGGAGAAAAAGGAAAGUAGAGAUUGCAACCUUUAUGACUUUUUUAGAUUCCUCCACUUACUAAUGUUUUUUUUCUAAUUUCUAUAGGCAGGUCUACAAUCGUAAUUAUCUUUUUCUAUUAUGCAGGAUGCCGAGCACGACUUUGUGGGACUAACGAUUGAAGUUUGUGUUGUUUCUUCAUGCUAGUGGCAAUACAAGUGUGCAUAAAACAAAACAAAGAUUCUUCUAAUAAUUGUGGAUAGCUUGUUAAAAAUUUAGAGGCGUAGCAUGCAUCACCUAACAUGAUAAAAGCAAUCACAUCAAGAUCACAUCGAGAUUGUUAGUGGGGUGCAGUCUCUAUUAGGCAAAACACCUUUCAUAAUCCAUGUCACAUGGUCAGUUUGGAAAAACCAUCGGCUAAAUUCACAAUUAGAGACAUCAUUACUAUUAAUCACCCAUGGUGUAAGUGCAAACUCUUGAGUGGAGUCGAUGUCACCUAAUUAGUCAUUAUACAUGAGGACUAGGAUCAGGGAUUAAAAUUUCAACAAUAUUUCACUAGGUUCUGAAUAUACUUCUCCCGAAUUUUUCGAACCAGUUUCAGACCAACUGAAAUGAAAUUCAAUUUUAGUUAAAUUUAGUUUGAAUUUGAUAAAAUCUGGACGAUACAAUUCUAAAACAAGUUUUGAUCUGGAAAUCUCGAAGACUUGGGUGGGUCGUAUCGAAAAUCAACACCCUUACUAGGAUAUACACUUGAAACCUACUCGUACAUACAUAUAUUGGAUAAAUUUGAAGAUAAUAUGUUGCAGUAUUCUGUUAGUAGAAUAAUAUCUUGUCAAUGUUAUCAUGAUGAGGCGCACUGUGGCCUGCGUGGUGCAUGCUCUUGGUGGAGCCACACACGAAGUUUCCGAUCCAUUGUGUGAACAUUUCUUAGAAGGCUACAAGGAAGCAUCUUUUCUCGGUGGAGGAGUUCUAUAUACUGUCAUUGCAACAGCUCCUUCACCAGCACCUGUUCCAUCUUUCUACUGAAAUCUCAAUUCACGCAUAGUUCUUCGCUUGCGUUGCACUAAACUGGUUCCAAGAGUGGUCACGAUCCUGCGGCUAGUUGCCGAUGGAGGCUGUGGUGGCGAGCGCUGUGACAGGAGCGAUGCGGACGCUCCUGCCCAAGCUUGGCGCCUUGCUGGGAGAGAAGUACAAGCUUCCCAAAGGCGUGAAGAAGGAGAUCGCCUCCCUGUGUGACGAGAUGAGCAGCAUGAAGGCUGUGCUCGUGGAGCUAGCCAAGAUGGACGGUGAGCUUGACGCGCAACACAAGGCAUGGCGGGACGAGGUGCGCGACCUGUCCUACGACAUGGAGGACUGUGUCGACACCAUCACCGAUGACCUUGAUUGCGCUGGUGCCAGGGCCUUGUCGCUGAACAUGAUUACGACACUGAUGGCGGCACACAAGAUAGCCGGUCAGAUCAAAGGACUCAAGUCCCGGGUUGUGGAAGCAGGCAAACGCCGUGAUCGAUAUAAGCUCGGUGAGCGAGCUGGUGCUUCUUGUCAGAGCCCCGUGGCUAUUGACCCUCGUCUGUGUGCACUCUAUUCAGUGUCUGACAGACUUGUGGGCAUAGAUGGCCCGAAGAACAAGCUCAUGGAGCUGUUGAGAGCAGAGCAACAUGGCGCACGGGCGCUUAAAGUUGUGGCUGUUGUUGGAUUUGGAGGGAUGGGGAAGACAACUCUCGCUACCCAAGUCCAUGAGAAGGUUGCAGGUCAAUUCGACUGCGCGGCUUUAGUGUCGGUAUCUCAAAAUCGAAGGAUGAACGAGAUCUUUUCAGAGAUACUCUCAAAAGUUGGGGACUCGGUCCCUUCAUGCUUAACUGAUGAGCACCAACUCAUCUCCCGACUGAGAGCACAACUCAAUGACAAAAGGUACCUUAUAGUCAUUGAUGAUUUGUGGACAAUAGAAGCAUGGGACACUAUCAAAUGUGCCUUUGUGGAGAAUAGUCUUGCUAGUAGAGUUAUAGCUACUACACGUAUCGAAGGUGUAGCUCAGGCAUGUUGUUCUGAUUUUGAUGGCCAUGUUUACAAGAUGAAACCUCUUAGUGAUCUUGACUCAAGGAGAUUAUUUCAUAGAAGAAUUUUUCCCUCUCAAGAUGAUUGUCCUGAGAAACUGAAGGAUGUAUCUACAGAAAUUUUGAAGAAAUGUGAAGGAGUUCCAUUGGUCAUAUUCAGUGUAGCCAGCAUUUUGGCUAGUCAGAAAGAGGUACAUUCAAAGGAAUUAUGGGAGAACAUAAAAAAUUACCUUGGUUUCCAAUUGGCGCAGAACCCUGAGAUACAUUUGAUGAGACAUGUGCUUAAUCUGGGGUACAUUAAUUUAUCUUUAGACCUUAGGACAUGUAUGCUAUACCUUGGUAUUUUUCCAGAGGAUUCUAAAAUAAUGAAGGCUGAGUUGGUGAAGAGAUGGGUAGCCGAGGGUUUCGUUACUGGAAAGCAUGGUUACAGUCCGGAGGAGAUAGCAGAAUAUUUCUUCAACGAGUUGAUCAACAAAAACAUGAUCCAAAUAGCCGAGUUAGAUGAUUGCGGGCACGUGUUGUCUUGUCGGGUGCAUGACAUAAUGCUUGACUUUAUCAUAGUGAAGUCCACAGAAGAAAAUUUCAUCACUGUGAUUAAGGGAUCCCCUGCAGUUAGUGAUCCACCGUGCAUGAAAGGACAUUUGCAGGCUCGCCGGUUGUCCCUCCAAUUCGGAACAUCAGAAGGCAACAAGGACUUGCUGAGAAGCAUGGCUGUCACCAAGGCCAGAUCAUUCAGCUUUUGGGGUCCGGCUCAACGGAUGCCUUCUCUAACAAGUUUCCAACAGCUGCGAGUUCUGCACAUUGACGCAUGUGGUUCCAGAAACGAGCAGUAUGACAUGCCUCCCAUAUGCAUCUUUACCAAGCUGAUAUAUCUGAGGAUCAGAGGCAUUGGCUGCAAGAAACUAUUGACCCAACUCUGGAAAUUACGAAAUCUGAAGACAUUGGAGAUUGUUGGCGACGACAUCAGAGAUUCCUUACAUCUGGAGCAGUUACCCACGACGUUGUCGCAUCUGACUGUUCCUCACACCAUGCAGCCGGUCGGCAAGAUCAGCAGGAUGCUUGCCCUCCGCACUUUGGGCGAGCUCAGCAUAGAUCUCAAGGAUGUGAAGAACAUCAGAGGUCUCGGUGAUCUGUGUGACCUGAAGGAGCUGAAGCUAGUGCUACGUAGAGGCAUCUCCAAAGAAGCUUGCAAUGAUCUUGCUCCCUCCCUCUGCAGACUCGGAAGGCUCCAGUCCCUAACAAUCCGCAUGUAUGGAUCACUGGAAACUGAUGAUGUCCUGGCCUGCUGGUCACUCCCUUCACGACAUCUUAGGAGGCUACAUGUGCUGGGACUCCCUUUCUCCACAGUCCCUCAAGAUUUGGUCGGCCACCUUGACAACCUCAGAAGCUUGAAAAUUCAUGUCUUUUCCCUGCCGAGGGAUGGCGCUGAGGUUCUCGCGAGGCUCACCUUACUGGUGCACCUUACACUGCAUGUUAAGAAGUAUGUUCAUGAGGAACGUGUUGUCUUCCGCACCGCGUCUUUCCCAAAUCUGCAGGAUUUCGUGUUCAGGUAUGAAGAGGUCUGCCUCGUGUUCGAGGCGGGGGCUAUGCACAAGCUCCAGAGCCUCACUGUGGAGUGCUACGAAGAAGCAGAACGGCAUGCUGGCGAGUUACUUGAUGGUAUCGUACGUCUGGGAAGCCUCGUGUCAUUCAAGGCGAUUUUUUACAAGAAGGAGAGGAAAGGAGACUGUAUCAUUUUGCAGUCUGCACGAACAGGUAAUGCUAGUUUCCAGUCCUAUGCUCCACCACAGCCUAAAUUCUGGGACCGAGACAGUCUGGAGGCUCAGCUCAGGAAGGCGAUAAGCAAGCAUCCGGGGACUCCUCAUGUUUGCACUCAAUCCGUGUAAACAUUGUACACUACUUUUCCAUUCUCUCAACUUUGUAUCCCUUGUUACUUCUUCCCACUUUUGUUUAAACGUGGGAAGAAAUUAGAUGUAACCGAUAACUUUACUCGUUCCCAUUGUCACCGCGUUGGUACUAAUCUGAACAACUGUAUUCUUCCCGCGUUGGUACUGAUCUGAACAACUACAUUCUUCUGUUCA